GGGAUAAUCCCGGGGCUGUUGGGGAGCGGCGGCCGACGGAUCGUGUCCUCUCGCCCCCGGGGGGGGGCUGUGGCCGUGGCCGUGGCCCUGCGUGUUGCCUGUGGAUUACGCAGGGCUGAGCGGGCACCCAAGCACAGCUGUGUGGUCCCCGGCAUCUGCUUUCUUCCCCCUCUGCUGCUGGGCCGGCUCUCAAUAGGGUAAUUUUGCUGACAGAUACUGGAGCAGCAUCAGGACGUCACCAUGAUGGAGGAUCACGCAGCUGGCCAGGAGAAGCACAUCCCUUCAGGCUAUCCCCUUCAGAUACCAGUCGAUGAUGGAUCGGAUGAGCCUGUUUCUGAAACAUCUGACGCUAAGAGCACCCCAACUACGGAAGAUGCCACAGCACCUUUAGUGGAGGAAGGAGACCACGAGGAUCAGGGUGGUGUCGAACAGCACGGGGAGAUCCCAGAAGGAACCACAGCUGAAGAAGCGGGCGUAGGAGCCACCCCCAACCUGGAGGACCACGCUGCGGGAGAUGUCCCUCAAGGGGAGCCAAGCUCUCUAAAGCUACAGCCUGGCCCUCAGGAACGUGUGGGAGAUGCGAUAAAAAGAGAAAACCAGCCCAUAAAGCAGGGAGCUGGGGUUCUCCAGCAGCCUCUUCCAUCACAUGAAACGAAGGCCACAACAGCAGCUCCCACCAGAAUCGAGGUCACCAUCCCAAUACCUCUGGAUAUGUACCAAGACUCCAGAGCAUCCGAAGACAGCAACGAGUUGUGGGAUCAGCGAGGCAGAGAAGGCAUUGGUGUGGAUCCAGCCCUGGGAGCAGAGCUUGGUCGUGAUGUGUGCACUGAGGGCUUGGCAGGAGCAGGUGGCACAGAUGGCUCCCGUAUUAAAGAUGGGCCAUCUCCUUUGUGUACCAGAGCCCCGUUAAAAGAAGAUGCCAGUGGACGGGAAAGAGAUGAGGACCGUGAUAUUGAUGAAACUUCUCAACAGGAUUUGCUUUCCCUGGUGGGACAGCAUGUUUCACCAGGACCUGAAACGGGCGUGUGUCCAACAGCAACCAAGGAAGCUCUUGAAGAAUAUGAAGAAAACAAGUCCAAAGAAGUCCUCAGAGACAUACCAGGGGAGGCGCUUCUUGUUGAAGCUGAAUCUCAUAAAGCAGGAGAGGACCAAGAGGAGAGGAGAGAGCCAUUGAAGGGAGAAGAAGACACAGAUGUCACCCCAUCAGAGCCUUCUGAAAUCAUCUCCCCAAAAGAAGCUGAGCCUGGGGAGGGAAAAGAUUCUGGACCCUUAUUAGAAACAGCCAAACUCCCUUGUGAAUUAAAAGAUUACGUGGAAGACAAAGAUGCUGCUUUGGAAGAGGCCGUGCCAGAUACAGGAGAAUGCCGGACGCCCAAGAAGAAACCUGGUGGCCAAGUUGCCGAUAAAGCCGUCAGUCGCGUCCCUCUCCUAAAAGGUCGUGUUGAUGGCAAAGACAAGGAAGGGACUGAAGCUGAGGAAAAGAAAAUGAAGAAAUCCUCACCUUCCACUGCCAAACCCCCAGGCGCUAGACCCUCCAUCCCUCCCCAGCGACACACCUCCUCUAGCACAACCCCUUCGAAAACACCCUCCAGCCCUGCUUCCACCUCCAAACGCGUCUCUGCUGUCACAUCCCGACCUGCCAGUACAGGAACGCAGGAAAUGAAAGCCAAGGGCCCGGAGAUGAGAAGCGGCACGAAGACGGCCACGCCGCGGUCUGCAGCCGGGCAGGCUCAGAGGAACUCCACCAACGCCACGCGCAUCCCAGCAAAGACCCCCACGGCCCCCAAGACACCUCCCAGCUCCGGCAGAAAGGAGCAGAAAAAACCACCUCCUGCAGCAGCGAAGUCUGAGAAAGGUGAGCAGCCAAAGUCUGGAGACAGAAGCGGUUACAGCAGUCCCGGCUCCCCCGGGACUCCAGGCAGCCGUUCCCGCACCCCCUCUCUGCCCACCCCACCAGCCAGGGAGCCCAAGAAGGUGGCAGUGGUUCGCACACCACCGAAAUCUCCUGCCUCUGCCAAGAGCCGCAUCCAGCCCUCAGCUGCCCCCAUGCCUGAUCUGAAAAACGUCAAGUCCAAAAUCGGCUCAACCGAAAACCUGAAGCACCAGCCCGGAGGUGGCAAGGUGCAGAUUAUUAAUAAGAAGCUGGACUUUAGCAGCGUUCAAUCCAAGUGUGGCUCAAAGGAUAAUAUCAAACACAUCCCGGGAGGAGGCAGUGUGCAGAUUGUUAAUAAGAAGUUGGACUUUAGCAGCGUUCAAUCCAGGUGUGGCUCAAAGGAUAAUAUCAAACACAUCCCGGGAGGAGGCAGUGUUCAAAUCGUUUACAAGCCAGUCGACCUGAGCCACGUGACAUCCAAAUGCGGUUCCCUGGGCAACAUCCAUCACAAACCAGGCGGUGGCCAGGUGGAGGUGAAAUCUGAGAAACUGGACUUCAAAGAUAAGGUGCAAUCGAAAAUCGGGUCCUUAGAUAACAUCAGCCACGUCCCUGGAGGAGGAAAUAAAAAGAGAGAGAAAGGCAAGGAAGACAAGACCCGGCCCCAGGCUGCUCGGAGCCCGAGCCCAGACCCCGUUGGGCUCCAGUCCCUGGUGCUGGAGCCACCCACCCCCCCGGAGAGCCAGCUCCCACCCUUGAACUCAGCUGGGGAGGGCACCAAUUGAGACCCACAAGCUGACUUUCCGCGAGAACGCCAAAGCCAAGACCGACCACGGCGCCGAAAUCGUCUACAAGUCCCCCACCAUCUCCGGAGAUGCCUCCCCCCGCCGCCUUAGCAACGUCUCCUCCACCGGCAGCAUCAACCUGGUGGACUCCCCCCAGCUGGCCACGCUAGCCGACGAAGUGUCCGCUUCGCUGGCCAAGCAGGGCUUGUGAUCGGGGCACGGC